AUGAAAAUUUUAGCGAUUGGUGAUAUAUUUGGAGAAACGGGUCGCCAAAUUAUCAAAAAUUAUUUACCACACUUAAAAGAAAAGCACCAAAUUGGCCUAACUGUUGCCAAUGUGGAAAAUAGCACCCACGGCAAAGGAAUAUCCUACAAACAUUAUCAGGAACUAAAAAGUUAUGGCAUUGAUAUUAUGACCUCAGGCAACCACAUUUUUCAUCGAGAGGAAACCCAACAAUUUAUCCAAGAAGUGUCAGACUUGUUAAGGCCUCUGAACUCUAAUCCUUACCACCCCGGCCCCGGAACUAUUCUGAUAGAAGUUAAAAACAAAAAAAUUCGUAUCACUAACCUUUUAGGAACUGCCUUUAUGCCCAUAGCGGCUGAAAAUCCUUACUUUACUUUGGAAAAACUAUUAGAAAAAGAAGAUUGCGACAUUCACUUAAUUGAUUUUCAUGCUGAAACCACUGCUGAAAAAAACGCCUUGGCUUUACACUUUGAUGGAAAAAUAAGCAUGACCGGUCCUUACGGAGGAGUUAUUGGAGCCAAACCAACAGCAAUCAUUCAACGAGCCAAACAAGGGUUACCAGCAAAGAUGGUCCCUUAUGAAGAUAAAGGCCAGUUUAACGGCAUCCUUUUGGAAAUUGAUAAUACUAGCAAUAAAGUAAUAAAAAUCGAACGACUUAGAAAAAUUUUUUAG